AAAGCAAGAGGGCAAGUCAUCGGAGAUAAUAGAGAAGAAGAUGAGUAGAAGGGAGAGGAAGGAGAAGAUGGAUUCUGGCCAUUGAUAGGGAAGAUGGUUUUUAGCCGUUGACGGAGAAGAUGAGUUCUAGCAUCAGCGCCGAUAUGCCUAGAUUGGAAAAGGGAUAAAAAUCAAAAAAUAGAGUCUUAUCCCACGUAAUCCCAUGAGGGAGGUGGGAUACAUUUUAUUUAGUCCAGGUGAUAGGAUAAAACGUGAUGGAGUGCAUCCCAUUCUUUAGGCUCCUCAAACAUGGAAGACAGCCGGAUAAGAUAAAAAUCUUAUCCCAUCUCAGUGUGAAACUGUGAAUCCCGGCCUCCAAACAUGCUAUAAAAUCCUCUGUACCCCCAUUAAAUCUCAAACCUAAACCACUCAAAUUAGCAACACUCAUCUAAAAUUUUACCAACAAUAUGAUGAUCUGAGACUGUUUUUGCCUUCGCUUCUUCUAAAAGUUUUUCCUAAACAAAAGCCAGAAAACUUGCCAAAUGGUAACAUGGGGUGGCCUCUAUUGGGGGAAACUCUUGCCUUCCUCAAGCCUCAUAGAUCAAACUCCAUUGGAAUCUUCCUGGAAGAACACUGCACUAAGUACGGAAAAGUCUUCAAAUCUCAUCUCUUUGGUUGCCCAACCAUAGUCUCUUGUGAUCCUGAGCUCAACAUGUUUGUUCUUCAGAAUGAAGAGAAACUAUUUCAGGCCAGCUAUCCCAAGGCCAUGCACGGCAUUCUUGGCAAGUUUUCUUUGCUUAUCGUGUCUGGGGACCUCCACAAGAAGCUGAGAAACAUAGCUGUUAACUUCAUCAGUGCGUCCAAAUCAACUCCAGAAUUCCUUUAUUGCGUUGAGAAGUUGUCGGUCUCGAUGAUGAAUUCAUGGAGAGAUUGUAAAGAAAUUACCUUCUAUCAACAUGUUAAAAAGUUUACGCUGAAUCUCAUGGUGAAGCACCUUCUUAGUAUUGAACCAGAAGAGCCACUGGCCUUAAAGAUACUAGAAGAUUUCCAAACUUACAUGAAAGGGUUCGUGUCUUUACCUGUCUAUAUCCCUGGAACACCAUAUGCCAGUGCAGUAAAGGCUAGAGCAAGACUUUCUUCGACUGUCCAGGAAAUGAUAAAAGACAGGAAGAAGAGGAAUGUGGAGCAGGAGAAUGGAGAUUUCUUAGAUGUGAUUCUGUCAAAACAGAGUCUGAGUGAUAAUGAAAUAAUAAGCAUAGUCUUGGAUAUCUUGCUUGGAGGCUAUGAAACAACAGCUACACUUAUGGGCUUAAUUGUCUACUUCAUUGCUUAUUCUCCAAAUGCUUUUGAAAAACUAAAGGAAGAACACCUUGCAAUAAGGAAAAGUAAAGGGGAAGGCCAGCCCUUGGCCUGGGAAGAUUACGAGAAAAUGGAAUUCACCCAAAAUGUUGUAAAUGAAGGAAUGAGGUGUGGAAAUGUAGUCAAAUUGGUGCACCGGCAAGCUCUAAAAGAUGUCAAAUUCAAAGAAUAUCUAAUUCCUGCAGGAUGGAAGGUUUUUCCAAUCUUCACAGCAGCACAUUUUGACCCAUCCCUCCAUGAAAAUCCUAUGGAAUUCAAUCCUUGGAGAUGGAGUGAUAAAGCUAUGAUAAAAAAGGUGAUGCCAUUUGGUGGGGGACUAAGGCUGUGUCCAGGGUCAGAGCUUGCUAGAGUAGAAAUUGCCUUCUUCCUUCAUCAUCUUGUCCUGAAUUACAGGUGGAAGAUAAAAGCAGAUGAUUUCCCUCUUGCUUACCCUUUUGUGGAAUUUAAGAGAGGACUGCUUUUGGAGAUUAAGCCAACAGAGGUUCUGAUGGGAAAUGCAUGAGAUGGCAUAUAUUUGGUGUGUUGUUGUCGAAGACAGAAAAAGGUCACGAUAGCCCCCAGUAAUCCUCUUAUAAAGUGUACUUACAACUUAGUAUGAUGAAAUAAAAAAUGCAUUGAACUUCAUAAGUUGAACUAAGAAAGUCUUGGUUGGUUCUAAGAAAAGGCCCCUAGUAAUCCACCCUAAAGAUUACUUAGGAUGAUAUAAUACAAAAUGCUUUUUUUUUUUUUUACCAAAAAGAGGAGCAUAUUUGUACCAAAAAAAGAAAAAAGGAAAAAGCACCAUAGUUCAUUAGUUCUUAUAUUAAUAAUGUUUAUGGCCUAAC